GGCAGGGGGCUUCUCUUGGCAGAGGUGCAGACUGGGGCCUCGCUGGCUGGGGCCGCACUCGGGGCAGGGUCUGCGGGCCGAGCGGGUCAGGCGCGGGCGGGCCGCGGUCGUGGGACAGGCGGGUCUCCGGCUGUAUGUGAGACAAGGGCAGGAGCUGUCCCAUGCGCAGUGGGCUGGCCCAGCUGGAGGGCCAGGUGCAGCUCUGGGCACCGGGACAAAGGGAUGGUCCAGAGGAGGGGUCCGAACCCCUGACCUGGGUGAGUUUAGAACCGAGCAGCCGGAGGGGCCUGUAGCAGGGGUCAGCUCUAGUGAAGGCUGGUAUCGGAGCCAGGGGAAAUCCCUUCCGUGUGCCAGAGCCCCUGGGGUCUCCCUCCCUCCCUCCCGGGUCGGCCACGCGGCCUGGACUGAACCUCCGGGCUGCAGCCUCCUGCUUCCCCCGUGAGCUCUGCCCAGCGAGUCCCAUUGAGCCAGACCCUGGCAGAGACGUGCCCAUGCUGCCGGGACGGUGCCCCUCGCCCAGCGUGGCAGGGACAGUCCCACAGCGCUGGCACGUAGUCGGGUGUGUUAGCUGGCCACGGCACAGGGAGCGCAGAGGGGUGCCCAGUCCGUUGUGAUCAGCCCAGGGCCCCGCCAGGUUGUGGGGAGCCCCUCGGGGCAGGCUCUGUCUGUCUCUCUCACUCGCUCUCUGACUUCCUUCCUGAGCCUGUUCCCCGGUGAGAGCCCCCACCUCGCCCUCCCAGCCCCUGGUCUGUGCCCAGCUUCCCGCUGAGAGCGUGGGGCCAGGAGUCACGAACGCUGCCAUCGGCUCUCUGGCCCCACUGCUGAUCUGGGGCGGUUUCAGCCAGUUGUUUAAUGACUGUUUGUUGCACCAGCCAGGGCGGUGAUGCGUGUACCCGUGUCUUAGGCUGCCCUGAGAGCAAACGGCACUGGGUAGCCGUGCAAAGUAUAGGGGAAACCGAGGCAGGCGUGAGACUCCUACAGAAAAUUCCCCCUUCGUCGCAGGGAUCAGUUAUUCUCCGGGUUCGCUGGGGGCAGGACAGGCAGCGAUGGGCUCUCCGCGGCCAGGGAGAUUCAGGUCGAAUAUUAGGAGCCAGUCUAACUGCAAGGGGAGCUCGGCCUGGAACUGGCCUCCCCCGUGGCCGCCUCGCACUGGUGGCUCAUGGUCGCCCCACGCACCAGGCCUCUCUCCUCCAUGGCGGCCAGCUGACGAGCCCCGAGCGGGUAGCAGAAACUGGGUUCCUGGCCCCAAAGUGCAUGCUGUGCCCCCCAGGCUGGGGGAGGGGGGUCUGAUAUCAGCGGGGGUCCCCCAAGCCAGGACGGGGGUAACAGGAGCGAUCAGCGCAGCGCCCCCAGCUGCCCACCCCUCCCGCUCUCUCUGUCCGUCUGUCCCCUGCAGACUGCGUGGUGGACGUGGCAGCCGGGGAGCCGCAGGGCGGGGGAGAACCGGGGGCCGGGCCGGGCCCUGGGGAGCUACGGCUGACGGUGCGAGGCCAGGAGAAGGACUCGCAGCUCACACUCAACGUGCCCAGGGCGGAGCCGCUGCACCGGCUGAUGGAGCGCUACCAGGAGGCCAUGGGGCUGGGCGGCCGCCAGCUCCGCUUCUUCUUCGACGGGCAGCGCCUGGCGGGGACCCGCACGCCCGAGCAGCUGGGCAUGGAGCCCGACGACGUCAUCGAGGCCUGGGCCUAGCCCCCCCCCCGGUACCUCCCCCCCAGCUUGGCAUGGAGCCCGACGACUCAUCGAGGCCUGGGCCUAGCCCCCCCCCCGGUACCUCCCCCCCAGCUGGGCACGGAGCCUCCUGGAGGCCUGGGCCUAGCCCCCCCCCCGGUACCUCCCCCCCAGCUGGGCAUGGAGCCCGACGACGUCAUCGAGGCCUGGGCCUAGCCCCCCCCCCGGUACCUCCCCCCCAGCUGGGCAUGGAGCCCGACGACGUCAUCGAGGCCUGGGCCGAGCCCCCCCCCCCCCCCCCCCGCACCCUGCAGCAGCUGGGCAUGGCCCUGCCCUCACCCCCGCACCUCGGCACGGCCCGGAGCCUGCCCAUCACGGCAGCCGCCCCCGUCUGUAAAUAG